GCUGCCGCCGCCGCCAUGAACGACCGCAGCUUCGCGGCGGGAGAGCGGCUAGUGGCGGGAGCUUACUUGCGGCAGGGCCGCGAGGCCCGCCGAGCCCACGAGCAGCUUCUGCGAUCACUGCUGGAGAAGGGUAAGUGUCCCGAAGAUGGCUGGGACGAAAGCACUAUUGAACUGUUUCUCCAUGAACUUGCCAUUAUGGACAGUAACAACUUUCUAGGCAACUGUGGGGUCGGAGAAAGGGAAGGCCGAGUAGUAUCUGGAUUAGUUGCCCGUCGUCAUUUUCGGUUAAUUCAUGGAAUCGGUAGAUCAGGUGAUAUUGCUGCUGUGCAGCCCAAAGCUGCAGGUUCUAGCCUUUUGAACAAAAUUACCAACUCAGUAGUACUAGAUAUCUUAAAGCAUGCUGGUGUCCGUUCAGUAGCCAGCUGCUUUGUUGUUCCUAUGGCCACCGGCAUGAGCCUGACGCUAUGUUUUUUAACGCUGCGGCACCGGAGACCAAAGGCAAAAUAUAUUAUUUGGCCACGGAUUGACCAGAAAUCAUGCUUUAAAUCCAUGAUUGCUGCAGGUUUCGAGCCUGUGGUAAUAGAGAAUGAAUUAGAAGGCGAUGAACUGCGAACAGACCUGAAGGCAGUGGAGACCAAAAUCCAAGAGCUUGGAGCAGAGAACAUUCUGUGUCUUCAUUCUACCACAUCCUGUUUUGCUCCAAGAGUGCCUGAUAGAUUGGAGGAAUUAGCUGUGAUCUGUGCUAAUUAUGACAUUCCGCAUAUAGUCAACAAUGCAUAUGGAGUGCAGUCUUCAAAGUGUAUGCAUCUCAUCCAACAAGGUGCUCGAGUCGGUAGAAUAGACGCUUUCGUUCAAAGCCUGGACAAAAAUUUUCUGGUUCCAGUAGGUGGUGCUGUCAUUGCUGGCUUUAGCGACGCCUUCAUUCAGGAAAUCAGCAAGAUGUACCCGGGAAGAGCUUCAGCUUCACCUUCCUUGGAUGUUUUUAUUACCUUACUGUCACUGGGGUUAAGAGGCUAUAACAGACUGUUAAAAGAAAGAAAGGAAAUGUUUUCAUAUCUGUCAAGGGAACUGAAGAAGCUUUCAGAAGUCUACCAUGAGAGGCUGUUGAAUACCCCUCAUAAUCCUAUAUCUUUAGCUAUGUCACUGCAGACACUGGGAUCUCACAGUGACACGGCGGUCACCCAGCUUGGCUCUAUGCUUUUUACCAGGCAGGUUUCUGGAGCCAGGGUGGUCCCACUCGGGUCAGUGCAAACUGUAAACGGCUACACUUUCAAAGGUUUCAUGUCGCAUUCAAGUAAUUAUCCUUGUGCUUACCUCAAUGUUGCAUCAGCAAUCGGAAUGUCAAAGCGGGAUGUCGACUUGUUCCUUAAAAGACUUGACAGGUGUUUCAAGGCCUUUAGCAAGGAAAAGAGCAAGGAGAACAAUGACCCGGAAGUUAAAAUUAAUGAAGCUACAGAUGAGAAGCUGGAAGAGAUGGUCUUAAAAAUGGGUGACGUAGACCUUGGCGGACACAAGGAUGAGUCGUCUUAAUAUGUACAGAAUUUCUUUCUGUGGCAAAAAGGAGCCGAGAAUAAUACAUUAUCUCAUUUAAAGUGGGGAAAAAAAUGAAGAAUUUUGAAUUAAGAAUUGCCUUGAAUUAUGUUCAGGGAAUGGAUUUGGUUCAGCAAAUGAUGAUUUACACGUUGGUUCCUGAGUUAUUUGGUAAUUUUCCCUUAAUGCUUAUGAACCUCAAAACGGAGUGGAAAUUCUCAAUAUUUUUCUAAUUAUUUGAAAAGUAUUCAGCUAUGCACACUGAUUGUAAUAGUCCUUCUAAUGACUAUAAAAUUGCCUGUGGUUCUCUUGGAAAUUUCAGCUGCUUUCUCCCUGACCACCCUCCAUCACUCACCCACUGUGCAUGUGCUGGUGAAAGUUCUAAAUUGGGAAGGUGCACGGUCACUAGCAGAUCACCUUCAUUUACUGAAAAGUGGACAGAAUGUCCACAUGAGAAAAACGUGAAUGAAUUUUUGAUUUCCAAAAUAAUGAGACUUUCCCAAAGAGGGAUUUUUUUGGUGGGGGGGGGGCAGGGGGGAGAGUGCUGGGAUUAACUUUUCAUGGUCCAGUUGCCCGCCUAAGGAAGCUUUAACCUUGAAUGGCACUGGGGCAAUCCGGUGUGCUAGCCCCUUCCAGAACAUUCCUCAGGGUCUUUCCCAGGGAGAAACUCUUUUGCAUGAGAUGUCAAACACCUGCUAGUAAGAAUAAUAAUAAUAAUAAUAGUACCUACAUUUUCUACAGAGCCUUUCUUCUCAAAGUGCUCGCCCGUUAAUUAGUUCAUCACCUGCUGUCACCAGUGAGAACACAACCAAUUGCAGGGAAGAAUUUGGAUUGGAGGUGGGAGCUAAAGGAAGUUAGGAGAAAACUCCAAAGAGGGGUGUCCACGUUGAGCAAUCUGAAGGGAACAAGCUGUGGGAAACUGGCAUUUGUCAGGAAGAUUGUGGUUCAGCAGAGUGAAAGUCCCUGAGAACACCCACAAAAGAGCUGCCGAGGGAAGCGUAGACAGCGGUGGGUUCGGAGGGGCAGUUCCUUGCGUUUAAGGUAGGAACAAGUACGAGGUGAGGGAAAGGGGGUUAUUUCUGGAGUUAGUUUAAGAUUCUCCUGUGCCCUUUGAAACCUUGAACGGAGUGAGUAUUGGGAUCUGUUCAGAAACAAAGAGUGUGCCAGCGGGAUCUGUGCCGAUGGAACCUCUCGCUCUCGCAUCCUCCUGAACCCUAGCGGCCAGCCCUCACGGGGCAGCGAUGGCCAGCUGAUCGCCAGAUGUUUCCCGUGCCUUCCGGGUGUUCCAAACCCGGGUCAGUCGGCAGUGACGGCAGACUGCCAGAACAGUCACGGAGUGCUUUCGUCUGGAGACCCAACCAGCUCCCUAUCCUGGUGGAAAUUUGCCGGCGGCCCCGGGGCCCCAGUGCCGUCACGGAGCGUCCGACCUCAACGGCGCCAGAGAUAUAAGUCGAAUGACUAUGAUUGUCAGCCUUCCCCGAGAAUUGCACAUCCCAAAUCAUCGAAACUAACUUCACGAAGCAGCCGUCCCUGCUCCUCUUUUUAGACAAAUUGUCACUAAUUGCAAUCCGCUUAAUCGCUCCUUUUGCCGAAGUGACACGGUCCACGGCUUCUUUUCGACUAGCCAGGAUCAAGACUCUCUUUUCCUCCAGGGUUUUGAGACUCCUCCAACAGCAAAUUGGGAAAAUACUCCAAAAUAAAAGUAGAAAUCUGAAAUUCCUAACUGAACGCUCAUGAACUUUGUAUAAAUUGAGAAACUGUGAAAAUGCAAAAUUUUACAAAGCUCCUACAGUCAUCGGAAGCUCGGUUGUUAAUGAAUAGUUUAUUAGGAAUUGUGAAUAAUAACCAGGUUAUACAUUUUAAUCUUGCAUAUGUAUGAUUCAGUGUACUUAAGGCAGGCUCCAAUAAGAUUAUUGCAUUUUUAAAAAGUAGUAAAUCUCAUUCCAAACAAACAAAUGAGCUCUUGAUUCAGGAACAAAAAAUGCUAUAGUCAGUCCCAUGGUUGUUAAAUACUCUGUAUUACUGAAAUGGUUGCAGAGAUGUUGAACAGAGUCUACCAGAUGCAGCGACAUCUCUAGAGUUUAAAAUAGGGAAUUAAGUAACGUUGCAAAUGUACGUGCUGGCAUUGCAACUUAAUAUGCGGGUAAGCCAAAAUGGUUUUAUAGGAAAAGCGAUCCGUGCUGUGUGAUCACCGUUUACUUCAAAAAAAGUCCGGAGCCCAGAGACUUAACGAAUGUUGUCAUCUGUGAUGUUUCAGCAGUUCUUGGUCUUCUGUUGCUGAAUGGAUGAUAAUUCUAAUUGAAGAUGAAUUACAUGAACCCACAUGGGAACGAUAGAUACGAUGCAACAUUAUGCCCGUAGUGCACGGGGUUUGAGCUGCCCUUCGUAUUAUAAAUUUGGGUUUGAUUUUUCAAAACAAAUUUUAGAGGUGUGGAUUUCUGCUCUAAAUGUUGGCCAUCUUAAAACUUGGUCUCAAGGCCAGAGCUGUGUGAAUGGGUGUGUGUGACCUUUGUGUGCCCAGACACACCCCAUCCCUUAGGCGGUGAACAUGCAGCUCUAUUUUCUAUGUAAAAUUAGAAGUGAAAAAUGGGUUCGUCCAGUUGGGACUUUUGUGAGUCAGCAUAUGGAUGAAGGGGCGAUAGAGGAUAUUUCUCCCCAUCCCGAACAGAAAGGCCUAUGGCAUCAUGGCUUGGGUCAUUGAGUAGGUAACUUCCCAGGUAAAGAUGGUAAAAGAGGCUGCGGUCGAAUGGCCUUGGAAAGAAAAUUGAAGUCAGACCAAAUGUUCUCGAGGUCGUCGCUUGAUGUCCUUUUCCUUAGAAACCUGUGGAAGAUCAGACAGCAGUACGUAUUGAGGGCCUACUGAGUGCAGUACACUGCACUGACGGCUUGUGAGAGGACAGUCAAGGUCAAAGACGUGAUUUCUGCCUUCAAGGAGCUCUCAUUCUUGUAGGGUGGUGCCAGGGUCUUCCUUCUCGGGUUUUGCCGGGAGGAGGAUGGAUGAUGUUCUCCCCACCCCUGAGGUUGUGAGUAAACCGUGAUUUGUUUCAGAUCUAGGGGAUGCGGUGGGCAGCUCAAGUCAGGCAGACGGGUUUAUUAUAGCUUCACCGUAGGUUAUUGAGGGAGAUGAAAGGAAGAAGUUUUCUGUGGCGCUGGAGAGCAAAUUAUCGUGCCCUUUGGACGGUCGGUUCACUGGCGUUUAUGGGUCAGAAUACAAUACUGUUAUGGAAGUCCACUGUCCUACAUUGCAACUUAUUUCACUUGACUUAACUCUUGCUUUAGCAAUUCAGAGAGGACAUUAAAUGGGAAAUAUUGUCCACCCCAGUGCCAUUCAGAGAGUCACUAUUAUCUGAAAGUGAAUAUCGAUUGGUGGCAACUGUGUUGAAUUCUAAUGUUCACGAAACUCUUGACUCGCCUUGAAAUUUUGAUAAUCUUCUGAGGUCCCUUUUAUUUACUGUGCACAAGCGUGAUGCCGUCUCACUUCUGAAUGCCUGGGAAACUCAAGAAAUACUUGCUUUUUCAGAAUACGAGAUAGAGAAUGAGUGGUGGCUUCCCGUUCAAACACGUCUCCGAAACUUUUAACCCUUUAAAAAGUCAGCUGGAUUUUAAGGUGGCUGUGGAGUUUGCAACACAAAUAUUUUUCUUCACCCUCCUUUGAUCCUCAUAUCCUAUUAAGAUUUUGGUAAUUUUUCUCUAAAUAAGAUACUUUAAAAUUCAGAUCUUCAGGAGCAAUGAGGUUAAUGCACUGAUAAGAUUUUUUCCUUUAAUUUCAACCCUCUUAUUUUCACACACUUUUUUUUUUUCAAAUUACCCCGGCCUCUAAUCUGCCACACUGCACUUGAUUUGUACAGAAUAUACACUUCUGUGUGAUAUACUCACCUAAAACUGAUCACCUCGUUCUUUUGUGCCUUAACUUUCCUUUCGUGCUCUUUUUGGUUUCCUGUAGUGCAUUUGUAAAAUGACCGCGAGAUCUCAGACAAAUGAGUAUAUUUUUGUAAUUCUUCACUUAAUCUAUAUCUAUAUGUAUGUUUGUUAAUCUCAGGCUUUUUGAUAAUUUGGGGGAUGUUUGUACCUCUUAUUUUUAGCAGUUCGUGUCAAAAGUUUAAUGUUAACUGAAAUGUGCAAAGAGAUAUUAUGUAUGUGUGUGUGUGUGUUUACUAAAAUCCGAAAGGGUGACAGAGCCUGGCUUGAGAGCUGCUUACACACUACUCAUUUUACCAAAAUAAAAUUUGACGUUCCCCCAGAUUUUCUGUGAAUGUUGUGUAAAUGGAUAGUAAAAAUGCAACUGUUUAUAAUAAACAAGGAACUUUAAUCUGAA